AUGGCAUCCUCACAGCUGAGUGCCGCCGAGGCGCAGUGGCGGGAACAAUUUACGGCUAUGCAAGAGGCUAUUGCGAAUCUCAAAAUUCCCCAGGAGAACGGAUCUGUUGACGCCGAUGUCGACGAAGACGAGUUUGGCGGUUAUUCUAGCGGAAAUAGCGGCCAAGAUGUCUGGGACUUUAUCUCGGAUGACGACCAGGAAGCGUUGAGCAGCGAUUUUGUUGAAGGAGAAGUCCUUGAUGGAUCAGGUGCCGCAGAUUAUGGCGCCGAAUGGUUCGCAAUCAAGUGUUCAGCGAUCGCAGACAAGAACGGCCUCUCGGCUGAUGUCUUCGAGAGUCAAAUGAUGAGUGUGCUCAACUCUGAUCGUUCUGAUGAAGAGCUCCAGAUCCAACUCACCGACUUGGUUGGCUUUGACGACUUCGACUUCAUCAUUGAGAUUCUGGGCCACAGAAGUGAGAUCGUUUCUGCUGUCAACAAUCAGAACCAGGCAAGCUCCAGUGGUCCUCGCCUCCUGAGCAGAGCCCAGAGAGAAGAAAACUUGCGUCGUCAGGACCAAGCACACAAAUCCGCAACACUUGCUCCGGCCCAUGCAAAAGAACCACAGUAUCCUCACGUCUACAAAGCGUACAACGCUGGAAACACGCUGAGCUCUGCCGGAAAGAAGUACGGCUUGCCAGUCGGAAGCGAGCGACUCUCUUUUGACAAGUAUGAGGAGUACUCUAUCCCAGCUGGCAAAAAGGGCACUUUGGGGCCCGGCCAGCGACUUAUCCCUAUUAAAGAGCUUAAUGGAUUGUGCCGGAACACCUUCAAGGGUUACAAGACACUCAACCGCAUGCAGAGUCUUGUAUAUCCUGUUGCUCACAAGACCAGUGAAAACAUGCUGAUCUGCGCUCCUACUGGUGCUGGUAAAACGGAUGCUGCCAUGCUUACGAUUCUCCAAACAGUCGCUCAAAAUGUUGAGCCCAAUCCCUUUGAAGACCCGACAGCUACUGAAUUUGCUGUUCGCGCUGAGGACUUCAAAAUCGUCUAUGUUGCCCCCAUGAAGGCUCUGGCCGCUGAAGUUACAGACAAGCUGGGAAAACGCCUGGCCUGGCUUGGCAUCAAGUGUCGAGAGUACACCGGCGACAUGCAGCUUACCAAGUCUGAGAUUAUCCAGACCCAAAUCAUCGUGACAACCCCUGAAAAAUGGGACGUCGUAACGCGAAAGGGUACAGGAGACACGGAACUUGUGCAAAAGGUCCGUCUUCUCAUUAUUGACGAAGUCCAUAUGCUUCAUGAUGAGAGAGGUGCUGUGCUAGAAUCUCUUGUGGCCCGAACAGAGCGACAGGUUGAAAGCACACAGUCACUUAUCCGAAUUGUUGGUCUCAGUGCUACGCUGCCCAACUAUGUCGACGUCGCCGAUUUCCUCAAAGUCAACAAAUAUGCAGGACUAUUCUACUUUGACGCAUCAUUCCGUCCUGUUCCUCUCGAGCAGCACUUUAUUGGUGUUAAAGGAAAGGCUGGAUCAAAGCAAUCCAAGGAUAACCUUGAUCAAGUGGCCUUUGACAAGGUCAAGGAGAUGCUCGAGCGUGAUCAUCAGAUUAUGGUGUUUGUUCACUCGCGAAGAGAUACCCAGCUUACAGCACGUAUGCUGCAUCAGAAAGCCAUCGACGCCAUGUGUGCAGAUUUGCUUGAUCCGAGCUAUCAUCCUGGAUUUGAGCAGGCUUCUCGCGAUAUCAAGCAGUCCAAGUCCAAGGAGAUUCGUGAAUUGGUAUCGAAGGGUAUUGGUGUUCACCAUGCUGGUAUGGCAAGGUCUGACCGAAACUUGAUGGAGAGGCUAUUCGGAGAAGGUGUUCUGAAAGUCCUUUGCUGUACCGCUACUUUGGCCUGGGGUGUCAACUUGCCCGCAGCUGCAGUCGUCAUCAAGGGAACGCAGGUUUACAGCGCCCAGGAGGGUAAGUUUGUCGAUUUGGGCAUCCUCGACGUGCUGCAGAUCUUUGGUCGUGCUGGUCGUCCUCAGUUCGAAGAUACUGGUAUCGGCAUGAUUUGCACAACCCAGGAUAGGCUCAGCCAUUAUCUGACCGCUGUGACUGAGCAGCAGCCUAUUGAGUCCAAGUUCUCCACCAAGUUGGUCGAUAACUUGAACGCUGAGAUCGCACUGGGAACCGUCACAUCCAUUCCGGAUGCUGUCCAAUGGAUUGGAUACUCAUACCUGUUUGUGCGUAUGCAAAGGAGUCCAAUGUCGUAUGGUAUUGAAUGGUCAGAAAUUCGAGACGACCCGAACCUGGUUCAAAGACGUCGCCAGCUUGCUAUUCAAGCCGCCAAAACCUUGCAGCAGUGCCAGAUGAUCAUCUACAACGACAGGACAGACGAACUACGCAGCAAGGACAUUGGACGAAUCGCCAGUCAAUACUACAUCCUUCACACAAGUAUCCAGGUGUUCAAUGCUAUGAUGCAGCCCCACGCUACCGAAGCAGAUAUUUUGAAAAUGAUCAGCAUGAGUGGAGAGUUCGACAACAUCCAGUCCCGAGAUAGCGAGGAGAAGGAGCUGACUCAUCUGCGACGAGAAGUUAUUCCCUGUGAUGUUGAUGGCGGCAUCGACACUCCUCAGGCAAAGACCAACAUUCUGCUUCAGUCUUAUAUCUCGAAGGCUCAACCGGAAGACUUUGCUCUUUCGAACGACAUGAACUACGUUGCUCAGCAGUCUGGUCGUAUCUGUCGAGCACUCUUUAUGCUUGCCCUCAACCGCCGAUGGGGUCAUCAAUGUCUUGUACUGCUGACACUGGCAAAGUCGAUCGAAAAGCGCAUCUGGCCAUACCAGCACCCUCUCCACCAGUUCGACCUUGCGAAGUCAGUUCUCAACCAGCUUGACGCUAAGGAUAGUUUGACUAUCGAGACCAUGAAAGAUAUGGAGCCUGCAGAGAUCGGAGGCCUAAUCCAUAACCAAAGCGCUGGAAAGAACAUUGCCAAGAUCCUAAACAACUUCCCUACUGUUCACGUGGAGGCUGAAAUUGCUCCUCUCAACCGAGAUGUGUUGCGCAUCAAGCUCUUUGUCAUCCCCGACUUCAGGUGGCAUGACCAGAUUCACGGUACUUCAGAGUCAUUCUACAUCUGGGUUGAAAACUCUGAAACAUCGGAGAUUUACCAUCAUGAGUACUUCAUUCUGAACAGGAGAAAGUUGCAUGAUGAUCACGAGCUCAACUUUACGAUUCCACUUUCAGACCCUUUGCCUAGCCAGAUCUAUGUUCGAGCCGUGUCAGAUAGGUGGCUGGGUGCGGAAACCGUUACGCCAGUCUCUUUCCAACAUCUCAUCCGCCCAGAUACGGAGAGUGUCUACACUGAACUCUUGAAUCUGCAGCCGCUACCUAUCACUGCUCUCAAGAACCCAGCGCUGGAAGAGCUUUAUGCUCAACGGUUCGAUUUCUUCAACCCCAUGCAGACACAGAUCUUCCACACCCUUUACCAUACUCCCGCCAAUGUUCUUCUGGGAUCGCCAACUGGUAGUGGAAAGACUGUAGCUGCUGAGCUUGCUAUGUGGUGGGCGUUCCGUGAGAGACCCAAGUCCAAGGUUGUCUACAUUGCACCAAUGAAGGCACUCGUUCGCGAGCGUGUCAAGGACUGGGGAGUUCGGCUGGCACGACCAUUGGGCCUGAAGCUAGUAGAGUUGACUGGUGACAAUACGCCUGAUACUAGAACUAUCCAGGAUGCUGACAUCAUCAUCACAACCCCUGAGAAGUGGGAUGGUAUUUCUCGUUCUUGGCAGACAAGAGGGUACGUCCGACAGGUCAGUCUUGUCAUUAUUGAUGAGAUUCAUCUCUUGGCUGGAGACCGAGGUCCUAUUCUUGAGAUCAUUGUUUCCCGAAUGAACUACAUUGCUUCUUCGACUAAGAACGCUGUCCGUCUCUUGGGCAUGUCAACUGCUUGUGCCAAUGCGACAGAUCUUGGCAACUGGCUGGGAGUCAAAGAGGGUCUCUUCAACUUCAAGCAUUCUGUUCGCCCAGUUCCUCUCGAGUUGUACAUUGAUGGAUUCCCUCCUAUCAGGGGCUUCUGCCCAUUGAUGCAGUCCAUGAACCGGCCCACUUUCUUGGCCAUCAAGAAUCACAGUCCUGACAAGCCUGUUAUUGUUUUCGUCCCUUCACGACGACAGACUCGUCUGACUGCAAAGGAUCUCAUCAACUUUUGUGGUAUGGAGGAUAAUCCACGACGAUUCCUUCAUAUGGACGAAGAAGAUUUGCAACUCAACCUUUCUAGAGUCAAGGACGAUGCACUGAAGGAGGCCAUCAACUUCGGUAUCGGACUGCAUCAUGCUGGUCUGGUCGAAUCUGAUCGUCAACUCGCUGAGGAGCUCUUCUUGAACAACAAGAUCCAAAUCUUGAUUGCCACUAGUACCCUCGCCUGGGGUGUGAACUUGCCUGCCCAUCUCGUUGUUGUCAAGGGUACACAGUUCUUCGACGCCAAGAUCGAGGCAUACAAGGACAUGGAUUUGACCGAUGUGUUGCAGAUGCUGGGACGAGCUGGUCGUCCUCAGUUUGACAACUCCGGAGUUGCUCGUAUCUUCACGCAGGAUGCCAAAAAGGACUUCUACAAGCAUUUCCUGCACACUGGUUUCCCGGUUGAGUCUUCGCUCCACACUGUUUUGGACAACCAUUUGGGUGCCGAAGUCUCGGCGGAGACUAUUCUCACAAAGCAGGAUGCACUCGACUAUCUUACUUGGACAUUCUUCUUCCGACGACUGCACAAGAACCCGUCAUAUUACGGCCUUGAGAUCUCAGCCGACGAACACAACAGCAUCGCCGCUCAGCAGCUUGCCAAUGACUACAUGAUCGACAUGGUUACCAAGUCGCUCAACGAGCUGGCCGACUCUAAAUGUGUUGAGGUGUUCCCCAACGGCGAUGUUGACUCUACACCUCUUGGAAAGAUCAUGAGUUACUACUAUCUGUCGCACAAGACAAUUCGUCACCUUGUCAAGCACGCAAAGAACCAAGCCUCGUUCCUCGACGUUCUUUCAUGGAUGUCUCGUGCUACCGAGUACGACGAACUUCCUGUGCGCCACAACGAAGACCUUAUCAAUAACACUCUGUCUGACAACUUGCCGUUCCCCGGCAAUGCAUUUGGGCUGCCCAUGUGGGACCCUCACGUGAAGGCAUUCCUAUUGCUCCAAGCACACAUGUCUCAAAUCGACCUACCCAUCACUGAUUACGUCGGUGAUCAGACCAGUGUUCUUGACCAAGCUAUUCGUAUUGUCCAGGCUUCUAUCGAUGUUCUCACUGAACUCGGCUACUUGUCCAGUUGCUUGGAAAUGAUGAGGCUUCUGCAAUCUAUCAAAUCAGCUCGUUGGCCCACUGAUGCACCAGUCUCCGUCCUGCCCACGAUCGAGCCUGACGUCAAGAACGAUACACCUCUUUCCAAGAUCAGCGCACUGACUAGACCUCAGGCGAUGCAACUUGCUAAGAAGCUUAAUGUGCCUACCAGCCAGCAUAACCGCUUCGCACGCGUUGUGUCCAUUCUUCCCAAUGUGGAGGUCUCUAUUGCCGAGGCUACAGCACUCUCAGUUACGAUCAACCUUAAGCGUCUGAACCAGCUUGUGGAGCGCGAAGCACGUAUCUACGCACCCAAAUUCCCCAAGCCUCAAACGGAGUCCUGGUUUGUUGUUGUCGCGGAUUUAUCGCGUGAUGAGGUUAUUGCUGUGAAGCGUGUUGGCUGGGCCUCUGGUCCUAACCGCAAGCUCGAGGCUGGUGCCAAACCUUCUGCCAGGACGAGCAUCAAGCUUCCAUCAGCCAAAGAGGCCCGUAAGUUAGAUGUUCUUGUUGUUAGCGAUGCCUACCCAGGUCUUGAGUAUCGGGUUGAAGGUAUUGACAUCCCUGCACCGCCGAGCAUAGAUGAUGAAGUGCUGUCUAAGAAAGCGGCUGCAUCGGGAUCAAAGUGA